AAGAUGAGCAAAAUAAAGAUAUAUUCUUUCAAUUGCUCAAAAUGCCUAAAAACGUUCGAGCAAUCUCUCCGAGGUUAAAUGCUAUUAACAAUUGUUUAUCAAAUCAUGGACUUGGAUCUUUAAUGGCAACUUUAUGUUGUGAUGUUUUGCAAAAAUCAUUUUUCUCCAAUUCUACUCUAGAAUAUUCAGCAGAAUAUUUUCAAGAUGCUAUUGGAGCAUUAUUAAGAACAGAGUCAGAAUUAGCAACAUUACAUAGAAUUGCAUCGAUAGCAUUUCUUAAGGAGUUUGUUCAUCAAUUCUGGGAUUGUACUAAUAGUGAUAAUAAAGUUUCAGAUCCUAUAGAAAUCAAUAACUUAGAAGUAGAAGAUAUUGAAAUAUCUGAGUUAAUCAACCGACUUAACUACAUUAUGGAAGUAAAUAAGCAAGUUCCAUUGAUCCAUUCCCUUAGAAUAUAUUUUUUGCGUGCUUUGCGUCGAUGUCAUGAAUUCUCACUGGAUGAU